AUGACAAGGACCAAAGCUGCCUUGGAAGGUCUGUGGGCAGCGUUCCAAAAGCUCAAGAGAGGAUUGGAGGCUUGCAAGGAUGCUCCAGCCCAAAUGAACCUAUUGGAGAAGAUGCUCGCUCAAGAACAAGAGAAGGCCAAGAACGCUUUGUACGAUAAGGCUGACCUCGUGGAUCAGCUCAAGGCGGUUCGAGAAGACCUCGACAACCAGCACAAAUCCCUGGCCGAGCAAGUCAGAUCGAAAGAGAGCGUUUUGGACGAACUACAUCAAGAGCAACAGCGUUUGGCGGUCAUGACGACGCGCAUGGAAGGGAUACAGGCCCAAUGUGGCACUUGGGAGAUGCAAUGCGAGGAAAAAGAUCAACAUCUCAAAGCCCUUGUCGCUGAUCAGAGCAAACUCUCAGACGAAAUUGCGGGCGUCCUCAAAGACAUGCGAGCAUGCGAGCAGUAUCUGAGCGUUUCUCGAGAUGAGGCCAAGGCCGUCGAGGAGCGCCUCAACGCUGUUCUUGUAGAGCUCGCAUCAUCUCAGGAGAAGCUGAAGACGUCGGGAUCGGAGUGUGCGCUGCUUAACGCAGCACUGUCAGACGCCCAGCAAAGAGUCGAGGCUCUGACGAGGCAAGAGAGCACCUUGCGUGAGAAGCUUGAAGCAAGCGACAACGGCCUCAAGGUCUCGCAGAGCAGGAUUCAGAAUCUUCAAGGGGAGUUGAACAUUCAGGAACAAGUCUUGGUAGCCCGCAGCUCCGAGAGCAUGCAUCAAGUCGCGUCGCUGGAGAAUGAGCGCCAAAUUUCGUCUCGUUUUCGAGAAGACUGCAAUGCAGCCAUCCAGGCCAUGGACGAAGCAAAGAACGAAGCCGCGGAAAGCCAGAAAGAGGUCAUCUUGCAGCAACAAGCUCAAGCCCAGCUCCAUGCGAACCUCGAAUCGCUGCGCUCUGAACUCCAGGAGUCAGCGCUCAAAGCUACUGAAAUGGAAGCUCAGCUUGCCUGCGCCAAGACAGCAGAGGAUGAGAGGCGACAAUUAGCGGACGUGCAGAACCAGCGCGUCGCAGAGGCAUCAGAGCGCACAAAAAUGAUGGAGGACAAACUGGAGCAAGCGCAGUCCCAGCUCACUGCAGUCCGCGAAGAACUCAAAGAGUGCCAGGGGCGAGCGGCACAGCUCGAUGCAGACCGCACACGUCUAGCAAAUCAAAUGGCCGCCACCAUGGAGGCGCUUUCGGGAUCGGGCCAACCACAGGCUCCUGCAGCUGGCGGCUUUGAGACGACCUUGGAUCAAGAUGUUGAUCUUUGCACUCAUUCUGGUGCCUUGAUCCUUCGUCAAUCCCAUGCAGCAGUGGAGUCCAUGACUCAAGAAAGCUUUCCUGACCGAUAUUACGCUGGUCGUAUCACGGCAUAUGAGGCGGACUUCAUGAUACAAAUCACGAAGAAUUUGGAUGAACAACACGCGAAAGAAACGGCGAAGAAAGACAACGAGCUUAAAAGGGUCCAAAAUGAGAAUAAGACCCUGAUCAAGAAGCUGAGCGAGAACCAGCGCAGAAUGGGAGCUUCUGCCGCUGGCGCCUCCACUGCCUCAGGCCAAUGGCACGAUCCAGAAAUGCAACGCCGCCAGAUCGAUCUACCACCAUCCGAUGAUGCGGAGGCCGCUGGCCAGAGAACGGCGGCUCACAGCCUGGUGACUCCAACUCGAGCUGAGCGCGCCGCAGAUAUUUCGAGCACUGCGACUCAACAAACAGCCGUCGCCCCAGCGCCUCUAAGUGCUCCAUCUGCUGGAAACUUCCAACGGUCAAAGACAGCGAUCCUUACUUCGGGAAACACUCAGCACGCUGUCAUUAGCGGCACCAAAAUGCCACCUUCUAGUCCCUUGUCGUCCCCUCAUUCUUCUCAGGCGUCCGUGACUAGCGAUAAUGCUACCAACGAUGACACUUACAUGACGGACACUGUCGGACCGGAUGAGAGCAUGAACGUUCGCACCACGUCUAGUCAAGCCUCGACGCUUAGGAGAACACAAUCACAGUACCCCUUGCGCUCAAGCAUUAGGCGCCGUCCAUGA